UGCGGUGCAAUGCUUAAACGGUAAUCAAUUUUUUUUAUUUGUUCUGUUGCUGCGGCUUGUUUUGUUGGAUUCAAUUUUUAAUUUAGUAUCGUUAAUUAAUUGGAAAAGUGAAAAUCCAUUGAAAAAAUGCCGAACACUAGACGUGGUGAGGAUAAAGAAAAUGCUACAUCAUUCGAACAAAAAAUAAUGGCCCACGAAGCCAAUGGCAAGCCUUACAAGUGGUCCAAAGAUGAUUUUGAACUAGGCUGUAAAUUGGGCAAGGGCAAUUAUGGCCAUGUGUAUGUUGCACAUGAACGAAAAACACAUUUUGCGGUUGCAAUGAAAAUCAUCUUUAAAUCAGCGGUACUGAAAGAUGAUGAAAAGCAAAUCUUACGUGAAAUUGAAAUUCAAUCACGGUUGAAACACCCAAACAUUCUACGUAUGUACACUUGGUUCCAUGAUGAUCGUAAAAUUUACUUGGCCUUGGAGUUGGCUUCGGAGGGAGACCUAUAUAAACAUUUACUAAGUGCACCAAACGGUCGUUUUUCGGAGGAACGAUCAGCUCGAUACAUCUAUCAAGUAGCUAAUGCAUUGCACUAUUGUCAUUUAAAUAAUGUCAUUCAUCGGGAUUUAAAGCCGGAAAAUAUUAUGCUAACCGUUGGCGAUCAAAUUAAGUUGGCCGAUUUUGGGUUAUCAGUACAUACAACGUCAAACAAACGCAGAACCAUUUGCGGAACAGUUGACUAUUUUCCACCUGAAAUGGUAUAUGGUGGUUCUUAUACCGAUGCAGUGGAUCAAUGGUCUUUGGGCGUUGUGUGCUAUGUUUUGUUGGUCGGUAAACCACCAUUUGAAUCGUCGGAUUACAAGAAGACGUACGCGAAAAUUCGACGAUUGAAAAUCGAAUAUCCAAGCUAUUUGUCAGUCGGAGCCAAGGAUCUUAUUUCGGUGCUGUUGAAAUUGAAUUACCGUGACCGACCAAGUUUGCCUGAUGUCAUGACACAUCCAUGGAUUAAGUCGUUUAAACGCUGAACCACUGAUCCCAAAUUCCAUAAAUAUUUUUCUAAAUUAAAUUCAGUCAAAGGGGUAGACACAAACUAGAAAACUUUAAAAAAAACUAAGAAAAAUUAGGGCUGAUUAGGUGAUAUGUACAGGUACACGUUAUAUGCAUAUCGCAUGCGAUUAACUAAAAAAUAGGAAAAAUUAGUAAUAUUAGAGCCCUUGUCUCCCCCUAGAAUUCAGUUCAUCUAAGCUAUUAUUAAGUUGGUCCAUUAUUAUAAUACCUUUUAGUAUAUAGCCGAGUAGUGAUUUGAGCAAGAUUUGAGGGAGGUUUUGUUGCGAUAAUUACAGUUUGUUUAUCACAACGUGUUUCAAUAAAUGACAAAAAAGAAACAAAGUAAAAAAAUAUAAACCUGGAUAUCGAUUGAGGCUUCUCAAUGCGAGAUUCUGCAAUAAUUCUGGAUUUGAGUUGGACGUAAAUUUUGUUCGUGCUCUUAAUAUAACAAUACAUUGAUUCGGAGCGAGGCACUCGGGUAAAAAUUAUUCGACUGGUUUUAAAUAAAAUAGUUUUCAUGGGGUAGAGAUUUAUAUUAGCGGAUGAAAGGAGAUGAAAAGCAAUUAACGAAAAAUACACAGAUACAUCUUCCUUCAUUUCGUUGCUCUGUGCUUCUCUAUACUCAAAACGCGUAGAAAAAUGAUUUUUAGCGAUUUCAAAAUUUUGUAGUGAUUGCAAU